AUGGAACAAAAACCGCUCAUUAUCCCGAUAGCAGCUAAAGGUCCGGUAUCCGUUCGUGCCGCUCCCCGAGUAACUAUACGCGGCGUGCGAACCCGCCGUGAUGCUGGAGACGAAGGUCACGCCGGAGCCAAAGGCGCCGGACACGGAGCGACCUUCCUAGGUGACGAGGUUGCCGCUGUUGACGGACGCGUAGUUGCCGCUGGCCGGGCGCUCGCCGUUCUGCGACUUGUCGCCGUCUGCGUAGUAGAACAUGCCGCUGCGGUUGUAGACGGAGCCGGUGGUGAUGCAGUUGGAGAAGUAGACGGUUUCAACGCCGCGUUUGGAGAGGGUUUGGGUGUCUUCUGCGUUAGACACGGGGGCUGCGGCUGGGCGGCGGUGCUGGCGAGGGCCAGGGUGAGGAGGGAGUCAUCGACGAACCACACCCCGGCGCUGCGGAUUCCCCUAGCCUCUUACGCUGAUGCUGAUUCCUAA